UGCCAGGCGGUCGCACCGCGGUUCGGUGGUCUGCGGUCCGUGCAGUGGUCUUGUUGACGGCUGACCGGCGCGGUGGUCUGUGGCCUGUGCCUGGUGCAUCGCACGGCCACACAGUAGCCGGAGUGGAGUGGAGUAUACCUACGCAGUACGCAGGCAAGAGUCAUAACGCUUGGAGCUUGACGUUUAAAACAAGGUACCGGUCGGCAGCCAUGUCUCUCCAGCUGCACUGCCCGCUGUACCGGCUGGCGCUGCUGGCUGCGGCCGCCGCCACGGUGGGGUGCGGCGGACCCCGCGCCCCCGCCGCCGAGCCGGGGCAGCCCCUGCAGGAGACGCUGCAGCUCAUACGGCAGCGGCUGGCCUCACUGGAUGAUAGGGUGCAGCAGCUGACGAGAAUGGUAUCUCAGGACAAUGGCGGCGGCGGAGCGGCCGAGAGCGUGCGCCAGUGCGCGCUCUCCUGCGCAGAGGGCCGCGACUGUCUGGUGGUCGACUACCGCGCGCCGGACAACUGCCGGCCCCUCGAGAAGCUCGAGACCUGCGACCGCGCCGGCGGCGCCGCCUCCGGCUACUUCGUCAGCGUGGCGCAGACGUGCGCACGCACCUGCCUUCAGCUGCUGCGUCAGAAGCCCAGCUCCCGGGACGGUAUGUACCACCUGCACGGCCUGGCCGAGCCGGUGUUGUGCGACAUGAGCCGGGACGGCGGCGGCUGGACGCUGCUGCUGACGGCCGCCUCCCAGGACGGCUGGAGCCUGGACACGCUGACGGAGAGGGAGGCGGCCCGGCCGGCGCUCGACCACAACUAUUCCAUCCUUCGGCACGCCGACUCACUCAAGGUGGCCGGCAAAGGCGCGAGGUUUCAGUACAGGCUGGAGGCGCAGGCCCAGUCGGGCCGCGGCCGCUGGGGAGGGAUCUGGUCAGCUCCUCGCUCCUACAGCUUCACCCACCAGCUGACCAACCAGACGGACGUGAGGCUGGAGGACCGCUUCGACAACUGGAAGUACGACAUGAACAGCAUACAGCAACGGCUGCCAUGGGUGAACGCUGGCGGCUACGCCGGAGGGAAGCCGCUGCUGACCACCUCGGACCAGUGGCGCUCCGGCGCCUUCUGGGGCACGCUGGUGACGCGGCCCGAGCAGCGCGCCUACCGCCACAGCCCCUGGGUGUACGGCACGGCCGCCCAGCACUCGGGCACCGUCCUGUACUGGCUGCGAGAGGAGCCGGCCAGCUGAGGAACCGGCGAAUUAUCCCCCGGGAACCGUCCUCUACUCACGGUUCGUCGGAAGGUCAUCUCAGGCUCAAAAGAAACGAUAUAUACCAUUCGAAAGCUGACG